GCCAGAGGAGAUGCGUGUAGAGGCCAUGGAGCUAUGUGUCACAGCAUGUGAGAAAUACACCACCAACAACGAGGUACUACCCAAAUCCCAAAAUGACCAGUCUUCAGUUGCUGUGGCUCGGGGAACCUGCAGGAGCAGGGAGCGCUGCCAAGAUGAUCAAAGAGAUGAUGGACAAGAAAUUUGGGUCCUCCUGGCACGUGGUGAUCGGGGAAAGCUUUGGCUUAGAGGUCACUCAUGAGGUCCAGAGGAAAAGGUAGAAGGUCUUUGGAAUGCCCUGUGUUGAAGCUUCAUGAUACUUUAAGCCAUAAAGAGAGUAUUCUCUUUAAUCAUGUUUCUUUUACACUAAUGAAUAAUUAACCUCUGUGUGCAUAUGUUCAGGCACACUGGUCAUAGGCAUCUCUGCAGGGUCGUGCUGACCUGUGGAUGAUUGCUAGGAGCUGCUUACCUCAGUACGCAAUCUUUUGGCCUUGCUGCUGGUCCGUUAUCUCUGUCCACCAGCUGACCACAGCUAAUGUCUCCGUGACCUGCAUCGGCAAUAGGCGAACGUUGACUGCUCCCCAGCCUUCUCGAACCACUAGCACGCAAACAGAUUGAGGUGAGCUAGGUGUGAACUUGCAGCGAGUCAGCUCCCACGCUCUAACUCCCCCAAGAGGAGAGACAGGGCCACAGCCACAUCAACUCUCUUUUUGUGCCUUGUGGGUGUCCACACCUUGCUGAGCAUCUCUGGCAAGUAAGGAUGCGGUGCCGACUGCAAAUACUUUUUCAAAGGAAAUUUAAAGUCAGCCUCGUCAUUCUCCUGCUCUUGGCCCUCCUAGUGCACUUGGCGAUGGAUUUGGCUGUCCCUGCAGCCCGCAGACCCUGUGGCUGCAAUGAGAAAGCACCAAAAGCUUCAGGCAUCUCGUCAGGGAGCACUGACCUGACUGGCCCCAAAAAGCGGAGCCUACGAAUCCUUCAGGAUUUCAGCGGCAGCAACGGCUCCCUGGAGAAAAGCUCCCAGCUGCAGGGAGCAGAGCCACAGGCAAGGGCUGGAGUGUUGAAGAUCCAGCACCAGCGUGGAGAUGGGAAUCAGGAGUGGAUGAAAGGAUCAAAGCUGGCAGCACUCUUCAAGCAUCCUCUUUACAACAUUCCAAUCCCAGAGGUGACAGAGAAAGACAAGCUGUUUGUUGUCAACCCCAUGGAGAAGUUCAGCCUGCACAGCAGCGGGAGUGAUGAAUGGGUCAGCAGCAGUAAAGCCGAGACGCUCCUCCCGACAGGGAAGACGGCCUACGACACCUACCCUACCUGGCUCAAAUUCCAUGUUGGCAUCAAUCGCUAUGAGCUGUACCCCCGCCAGGACCCCCUGAUGCCCACCCUCCUCCAGGACUUGGCCAUGCAGAGAAUCGUCAGCUCAGUCCAGAAGUCUGGUGGGACCCAGCUCAAGCUGAUCAUGACAUUUCCAGAUUACGGGCAGGCUCUCUUCAAGCCCAUGAAGCAGACUCGGGACCAGGAGACCCCUGCCGACUUCUUCUACUUCUCGGACUUUGAGCGGCAUAAUGCGGAGAUUGCAGCCUUCCACCUGGACAGGAUCCUGGAUUUCCGGCGAAUUCCUCCAGUUUCUGGCCGUUUGGUCAAUAUAACAAAGGAGAUUCGUGACAUCACCACAGACAAGAAACUGGCCAAGACUUUCUUCAUCUCCCCAGCGGGCAACGUCUGCUUCUACGGGGAGUGCUCCUACUACUGUUCCACUGAGCAUGCCCUCUGCGGCAAGCCAGACCGGCUGGAGGGCUCCAUGGCCACCCUGCUGCCUGACAAGACCUUGGCCAAGCGCCACUCCUGGCGCAGCCCCUGGCGCCGCUCCUACCACAAGAGCAAGAAGGCUGAGUGGGAGCUGAACCCCAACUACUGCGCUAAGGUGCGAGAGACGCCACCCUACGACAGGGGUCAUCGCCUUCUCGACCUCAUCGACAUGACAGUCCUCGAUUUCCUUAUGGGCAACAUGGACCGGCACCACUACGAGACCUUUGAGAAAUUUGGGAAUGACACUUUCCUGCUCCACCUGGACAAUGGCCGUGGCUUUGGCACACACUCUCGUGAUGAACCAUCCAUCCUGGCCCCCCUCCAGCAGUGCUGCAGCAUCAAGAAGUCGACCUACCUGCGGCUGCAGCUGCUGGCCACCGAGCCCUACCGCCUGAGCGACCUGCUGCGGGAGUCGCUGGCCACUGACCCCCUGGCCCCUGUCCUGGCCGAGCCCCACCUGCAGGCACUGGACCGCCGUUUGGGGAAGGUGCUGGCAGUGGUGGGGCACUGCCUGGCCAGGAGAGCCCACCUGGAUGAGGUGCUGGUGGAUGACGUGGGGUCACAGAUGUGAUGGGGGGACCUGCUACCCUGCUGGGUUGGGGUGUUUUGGUGCACUGUUGAGGAUGAUGUGGGCACCAGCGUGCAUUUCUGACGCUGUGUAGUGUCGGCUUUUGGUGGUGCCGGAACCAGUGGUGUGAUGCAAGAAGAAAGCAGGCUGUAAGGACAGCCAGCAUAGAGAGGGUAUUUGAAUAAAAAGAUUGGCUUUAGUGGAGAAGACACAAGCUGGGAUCUCCCCUGCUGGGACUGCUUUCCCAGCUCUGGUUUGUCUUUGUGUGCCUGAACAUGUUUCAGUC